UUCAACAGAAUGGCUUCACUUGGACUGCUGCUGCAUCUGAUGCUCCUGGUUGCUUCUGCAGAUACCUCUUAUCGCUUUGAUAUGUACUAUGGAGGUUCAGUGAACUUCUCUCCAAAAGAACUGACAAACGGAAAAUAUAAGACUGAAUUCCGUCUCAAACAAACAACGUUCCUUUAUGCCGUUGAUGAUCCUGUAUGCAGUGCCGGUGAUUGUGGGACUCAGAUAAACAAAUUCCGUGUAAUAUCUGCACAAACCUCCGAUAAUAUCACCUGGAAGCAGUAUGCAGUAACAUCUACUAGAGAAUUUGGCACCAACCUUCCUUUUGAGAUGAGUCUCCCUAACUGGGUCCACUGGUGGUGGGGAGCAGGUUUCUGGGAAGAAAACAUUUUUGGCAGCCAUUUGCGGUGGAAAAGUUUGUUACAUGUGGACCCUGGAAUCCGAUCUGAUACUGGUGAAUCUAACCGAUCUCCUAUUUUCACCACACCCCCCGUUCUCAGAAUAACAAGAAACUGCCCUCGAACAUUCAGAAUGGCAUUGUUUGACCCUGAUGGUGAUGAUGUGAGAUGCAGAGUACCGACAGACAGCUCAUCUGAGUGUGGGAUGUGCAGACUCGUCAGUGGUUUCUCUUUUGACCAGCGUUCCUGCUCCAUUACUUAUAACUACAGCAGUUACACUGGGAUCCAUCCGAUUGAACUUGUGAUUGAAGACUUUCCCACCAAGCAGAUAAACCUUUAUUACUCUGAUGAGUCCUACACAACAAAGCACCCCCUUUCAUUGAUGAGACAUAGACGUCAAAUUGCAUACCCAGUCACCACAACGGUAGAUCCACUCAGGACCACCACAUAUCCUACUCCAACAGCAUCGGCUCCUGCAACAACCACCACUAAGAUUGCCAACUAUACCCAUAAAUACCUGCAAAGGAUUCAUGACCUUCUUGUUGUAGGACCAGCUGGCUUAUUAAAGGAGAACGUCUCUUAUGAUACAUACAUCCUAAGAUGGACUCCAACUUCAAAUAACCUCUAUGAUUAUUUCCCAAUUUGCUUUGUAUCUGAAGCAAGAGACCAGCUUGACCAAGUCUAUCAUUCAGAGCUACGCUGCAUUACUAUCGGUGUUGGGCAUCAUGAGGCCAAAGUGACCUGCAAUGAAACAACAAUUUCUGUGGAGGUGGAAAAAGACUAUCUUGUCAAGCAUAAUGAGGACAUAUUGCAUUUCAAUGAGUUUACAGACUCCUCAUGCAACUUGAAAACACUCUCCAACGCCAGCCAUCUGGUCGCCGUCAUGCCUCUAGGAAGUUGUGGAACGCUUGUGGAGGAGGAUGAUGAUAGCAUUAUCUUUACCAAUGUGAUCACAUCUGCAGACAAAAGGAAAAUUGUUUCCAGGCAGCAUGACGUUGAGAUCUCCUUUUCCUGCUCCUUCCCGAAGCGAACCAACCUGACUCUGGGAUUCAGACACAAAAACCCUUGA